UGGGGAACGGGUGCAGCGUUGCUCCACUUCAGCCCUCUGGCGUUCUUCCAGGAUCCUCACAGAGGAGGCGAAAUGUUUCCAUGCCAGCCAAGCAGGAAAUAAACAAGGAUGAAGCAGCUGCCGCUCAGCAGCUGAACCUCCAAACCGGAAAGUCAACCCAGGCAGAUACCAUCAGUGCAGCGAAGAAGCCUGGGCUGGGGCAGGCCUGGCUGCCAGCAGCAAAGGUGGGGGCUUAGGCAAGGCAGGCCUGGUGGCUCAGCACAGCCCCAAAGCUGGAUGGAAGCGGCGAUUAGGCACCCCGCACCAGCGUUCGUAACGAGGGGGUGGAGUGCACAGAGAUUAAGCCACACCAGAGACUCCCUGAGCAGCGCCAGGUGGCGGAAGGUUCCCAAAGGAGCCCACGUGCCCCAGCCCCGGCAGAGGGUGCCCCUGAAGGGGGUGCCCCCCUCACGGACUACAUGGAAUAACACUGUGGACUCCAAGCUGAGCUCCUUGACAAAGGGUGGGAUGCACAUUGGAGACACACACCCCAACGCAGGAAUUUACUACAAGGAUAGUAAACAAACGCAAUCUGACUUGUAAAUGCGAUCCAGGUGGGACUGUGAAGCCGGCGUCCCAACUGAAAGCAGGAAGUGAAUUUCUGCCAGACCAGCAGGAAGUACCAGUGUCCUCCCAGCCGCUUCUCCUUCCCCACCCGGCAAUUUCCUCCUCCUUGGAGGUGACUCUUGGCCUUGGAUUGCACGUAGGAAGUCUUGCAUGUCAUCCAUAUGCAAGGGAAUGCACUUCCUCUGAGUAAACAAGGAGGACUUCUCCUCCCACAGCAGCACCUCCCAUUGAGCAGGAAAAUUGCUCCCACAGAGCCCCAGAUGAGAGGGACUGGCUAAUUGCCCUUGGAUGCUUUGGCAGGGCUCAGUGCCUGGUAGCUGCUUCAUCACACCUCACCCAUCUCCGCCACAGACAGCAGGUGCGCUCGGAGGAGCAUGCAAUAGAGGUCCCUGGCCCGGCUUAAGGAGACAGCAAGAUGGCAGAUCUGACCCCUACCCAGAUCAAUUGGCAGGUGCCAGCAAACUCGGAGGCACAUCACACCAACCGCUUCGUCUGCUCCAAUCCAGUUAUGCGCCGUGGGCAACCCUUUAUCUUCACACUGUACUUCAACAGGAGUCCCCAACCAGGGGAGAGCUUAGCUUUCAUAGCUGAGACAGGGCAAAGCUCUUCCAAUUCCAGCUGCAGCAGGACCACAGUUGCCGUCGGCAGUGCUCUGGCCAGUGGCUGCUGGAGCGCUGUGCAAGGCACCAGCGAUGCCAACUACGUGAACUUCACCCUUGCCAGCCCCCCCACCGCAACCAUUGGGCACUACAGACUGAGCCUGCAGGUGACUUGCGGCAACAAGGUGUAUGCCAGACUCCUGGGGCAGUUUGUCCUGCUCUUUAACGCUUGGUGCUCAGGUGACCUCGUCUACCUCGCAAAUGAGGCUGAACGGCAGGAGUACGUCUUGAAUGAAAACGGAAUUAUCUUUGUGGGAAACGCUCAUUACAUUGAAGCUCGAGGGUGGUACUAUGGCCAGUUCCAAGAGAACAUCCUGAAUAUCUGCCUUCUUCUCCUGGAUCUGAGCCUCUACCAUCGCCAGGAUCCGGCCGGAGACACGAGCCGCAGAAGCGACCCCAGAUAUGUGGGCCGGGUGGUCAGCUCCAUGAUCAACGGCAACGACAACGACAAUGGAGUGCUGGAGGGCAAAUGGGAAGGAGAGUUUUCUCACCAUGUGAACCCCUCCCGGUGGGACGGCAGUGUGGCCAUCCUCAGGAAGUGGGCCCAGGACCGACACAGGCCGGUCCAGUACGGACAGUGCUGGGUCUUCGCAGGAGUAGCAGGGACAGUCCUGAGGUGCCUGGGGCUGCCCACACGGCUGGUCACCAACUUCAACUCCGCGCAUGACUCAGACGGAAACCUCAGCAUUGACAAAUAUUACGACUCCUCGGGAAAGAGCCUCAAAAUUGGCCAAGACUCCACGUGGGAUUACCACGUCUGGAACGAGAGCUGGUUCAUCCGCAGAGACCUUGGGACGGCAUACAGUGGGUGGCAGGUGAUCGACGCAACCCCCCAGGAGAGGAGCCAAGGGAUCUACCAGUGCGGGCCAGCCUCUGUCCUGGCCGUCAAGCAUGGAGACAUAGAACUGUCCUACGACACGACCUUCGUGUACGCUGAAGUGAAUGCAAAUAUCUGCCGAUGGGUUGUCCAGAAGGACGGAAGCCGGGUCCGAACUUAUUGCGAUACUUCCUCCAUUGGCACCGCUAUCAGCACCAAAGCUGUGGGCAGCAACCAACGGGUGGACAUCACCAAUACUUACAAGUACCAUGAAGGCUCUGCGGAGGAAAGAAGUGUUUACAGAAAGGCCUGCGCCAAGCUGCCCAGGUCCAGGUCCUCAGCAAGAUGCCCAGACGCCCCUGAGGAAGCCUCUUCGGAGCUCAUAACACACCCGGAGCUCUUUGGGAAAUUCAAGCUGGCUCAGCCUCCCGUGCUCGGGAAAGACAUUGAACUCAUCCUCACUCUCGCCAACUUAUCCUCGGUACCAAAGAAAGUCACGGUGAACCUCAGUGUGUCGAGUGUCCUCUACACACGAACGGCUGUCCAAGAGAUCCUAAAGGAAACCACCACUGUGAAUUUUGGUUCUAAAGAAGAGAAGCACAUUCCAUUGCGCAUCACGUAUACCCACUACGGAGCGUCCCUGACAGAUGACAAGAAAAUCCUGGUGACGGCCUUGUGUGACGUGGCCCAGGGCGUGAAGCUGCUGGUGGAGAAGGCGAUCACCCUGGAGAGCCCGGGCAUCUUCAUCGCGGUUCCCCCACGUGUGGAGGUCAAUAAGGCAGCCACGGUGGAGAUCUCCUACUCCAACCCCCUCCCGGAGCCCGUGGACGACUGCGUGCUGCUGGUGACGCUCAUGGGCCAGGCGGUCACCAUCAAUGUGGCAGGAUUGGCCCCAGGGGAGAAGUCGAAGAUCUACUUCGAAUUCACACCACGCACGACAGGAGCUAUGCAGAUGCACGUUGAUUUCUCCUGCAACAAGUUCCACCACGUGAAGGGCUUUGUGCUCAUGCAGAUCGCUCCCUCUGCCUCCCUGUGAUUUAGCAGGGCGGCGGGGCGGGGGGGGGGUCAGGAGGCUGACCGUCCUGUUUCCAAGCUGGGCCAGGGGUCCCUCUGCUGUUGCACUACCAGUAAAAUUCUUUA